ACUAGAGCCUCCUCUUUUUUACCUUGACAGAUGAAGCUUAACAUCGCCAAUCCCGCGACAGGCUGUCAAAAGCUUAUCGAAAUCGAAGACGAACGUCGUGUCCGUGUCUUCAUGGACAAGCGUAUGUCCGCUGAAGUUCCCGGUGAUUCCAUCGGUGAUGAGUUCAAGGGUUACGUUUUCCGCAUCUCUGGCGGUAACGACAAGCAAGGUUUCCCCAUGAAGCAGGGUGUCCUUCUUCCCCACCGUGUCCGUCUUCUCUUGAGCAAGGGUCACUCCACCUACCGUGCCCGCCGCACUGGUGAGCGCAAGAGAAAGUCCGUCCGUGGAUGCAUUGUCUCUUCUGACUUGUCCGUCAUCUCCCUUGUCGUUGUCAAGCAGGGUGAACAAGACAUCCCCGGAUUGACCGAUACUGCUGUCCCCAAGCGUCUCGGACCUAAGCGUGCUAACAACAUCCGCAAGUUCUUCAACUUGGAAAAGACUGAUGAUGUUCGCAAGUUCGUCAUUCGUCGUGAAGUUCAACCCAAGAACCCCGAGAAGAAGCCCUACACCAAGGCCCCCAAGAUCCAACGUCUUGUCACCCCCGUCACUCUUCAACGCAAGAGAAGACAACAGGCUCUCAAGCGUAGACGCGCUGAAGCCUCCAAGGAAGCCGAAGCUACCUACAAGGAACUUCUCGCCAAGCGCGUUAAGGAAUCCAAGGAGCGUAAGCAUGAGAUCAAGAGACGCCGUACUUCUUCUAUGCAAAAGUCCAGCAGCGCUUAAAUGGAUUGAAGGGAAUCAGUCGUCAAAUCAAAUAAAAAGAAAAAAUUAUUAUUUCAAUUGAGUGUUAGCGAAGGGCUGAAAUUUAAAAGGCUCAAA